CUGAAAGUACUUGUACAUGAAUAUAUAAAUAUGAAAUCAGUGCAAUCGUACAAUAAACAACAGUGAUUUUGAAAAUAUUUCCACUCAUAUGCGCCUAGAGGUAUACUAGUAAAACUAUAGUGGUCUUAUUUGCAGCAAAAGUACAUCGAUAGUGUUUUAAUGUUUGCUACUUUAGUGCAUGGAUAGCAAAAUCUGAGUUCUUUAUGGUGUUUCAGUGAAGACUCUUUCGGCAUCAUCAUCUACUCUGUGAGACUAAUAAUACAGAGUACCGAGAGGGCGAGUUGGAAGCAGUAGCAAAAAACAGCUAGAAAAAAAUACAAACAAUAACAACACAAUCAUAAAAAUAGCUAUGUGAUGUUAUUUCCACAACAACAACAACAACAAAAAGAAACAAAUAAAUAUAGAGCAACACGUCGUAAUGAUGCUGCUGUAUGCCAAAACAAGCGCAAGUAACCACAACAACAACAACAACAGUAGCAACAACAGCGCCAGCUGGAGUAAACACUACUAGAUAACAAGCAACAUUAAAAACCAGUAACAGGCACUUGACAUUUUUAAAAUGUAAUCAAGCGUCAACAAGCACACAGCGCACCGACUGCCACCCAACACAUUUGCCUGACACAUACAUUUAGGCGCACAUACAAGCUAUUGCGCUUUCACACUUUUUGCCACUCGUCAUUUGCGCAUUUUACGAGCGUUUGACAUAAGCAAAUUAACAGUGAAAGGAAAGUAGGUGUGGAGGAAGACGAAAAAGCAGCAGCAGAAAGCGCUGAAGAAUUCGAAGAAAUAGCUAAAAAAUAACCUACAACAACAACUAAGAAAUUAGAGCGCACAGCUGCCGCAUAACAAGGAAGCAAACAAGCAUGAAAACGGCGCGAGGAAAUAAAAUUUAAAAAGACAACAGCCGAAGUGGACGUGAGUGCGCGCGCCUAAAAGCAGACUACAAAACUGGCGUGAAGUCAACUUCCCUAGGCGACCUAAUUCAAUUGCUAGCGCGCUGAACAACUGGACGUGAAGGUGACAAAAGAAAAAAAAAAAAGAAACAAAAACAACAAUAAAUGAAAGAAGAAGAAAGCGUAAGCAGAAUACCGGAAAAGUGAACUUAAAUACAAAUGUACACAAGUUGACGCGCGACUGGGCUGUUAGCAGGAAUUCUUGCAAAUAAAUAGUGACGUUAAAUAAGAAUAUCGCCCGCUACAACAACAACAACAAAAACGACAGUUAUAAUUUGAAAGCACAAAUUUAUUUACUUUCUGGUGAAAGUGAGCAGAACGUGACACAAAUUUACAACGGACAAUGCGCUGAGCAUUUCAAGAAGCUACGCGCCGGAAUUUCCUGUGCAUACCUGCCAAAUACGAAAAGUAUUUUAACAAAUAACGGGUGAAUAGGGGAAUAUAAAAGAAUUUACAAAAAGAAAUAUGUGCCAAAAGUAAAUGCCAGUGAAAAAAGUUAUUUGUGUAUUUUAACGAGUGUGUCAAUAACGCGGCGAAGAUUUUUUGCAUAAUUUUAGGAGCGCGCAAAAAAUAUACAUGAUACGAUAAGAAGAAAUGGGGUAAAUGAGCGUUUUUUCUAUACGUUUACGCUCACACAAUAAUAAAAGAAUAAAAAAAAUAUAUAUUUCUAGGCAUGUUAACAACAAUAAAGUGCAAAAUCAGUGACACAGUUAAAAAGUGAAGCAUACCUUUAAGCGCAAACGAAUAAAUUAAAUAUAUAAAAUAAUUAAAAGUUAAGCGCAAAGCUAGAAUAAACACUUAGUGAAACACAAAAUUUGAAUCUAAAAAAUUAAUGAAGUAGAAAUCUUUGAAAAGAUUAAACAAAGCAGUACUUGAUCAAAUUUUAGCGUACCUUUAGGCGUGGCAAAAUUUCAAAUAUCAAAAAGUCAAAAUAAAAUUUAAUUGUCUGAAUAUCGAAACUCAAAUCAGCAUAGCUUAAACUCAAACUGCGUAAACGAAGCAUACAAAAUGGCAGCGAAUUGUAGAACGCGUAGAAAAAACGCUAGCCAGCCGAGCCGCGGUAGAGCGCGAGCAGCGCAAAUGUGGUCAGUACUACUGAGCAUCAUGUUAAUCGCCUACAAUGUUGACAACGCAGCGGCGAAGAUGGACACAGAACUCUUGCAAGACGAUGAACUGCUAAUGCAGGCGCCAAAAUCCGGACAAACUGAAGCGUUAGAAACUCAACUCAGCCAAGCGACGACAGACGAAUCGGAUGAACAUUUCAACUUGUAUCGCAGUGAGUUGAAACGACUCUCUUACGAAACCAUACAUCGGAUAUUACGCGAUGAAAAUGAACCGAUCUAUAGGCGUACGGAUGCAGCGUAUCGCUCGUAUAAGAAGCGCGCGUACCAGCCAGCGCACGAGGUGGUACGGCGAGCGGCAGCGGCGGCGCCAGCUAUAAAUGUUAUACCCGAAGCGCAUUUGACACAGCAGCCACAAGCACAACACGCACUCAGGCUCACAAAUGCCGAACUGCGUCACUACGAUGCAGCACGUGACUAUCAUGGCAAACAUAGCGCCAUCUAUGCGCUCGAUUUAAGUAACAAUCUGUUGCAAGAUAUUAACUUGAGCGCAUUUACGGCGUUGCAGCAAGUUGAACUCGCCAACAACUCACUGACCGUUAUACCACUCAAUCAGCAUGAUGCCGUGUCAAGCAACAUCGUGUCACUUAAUCUGAAUGACAAUCAAAUUGCUCACGCAACGGCAGUAAGUAGCGCCAGCUUGCGUGAAUUGCACUUGAGCGGCAAUCAAAUCUCUGAAUUAGCGCAACUCAAUCUCUCUAUGCUGAGCGCGCUCGAAACACUCGAUCUCUCGUGCAAUCACAUCGCCGAACUGGAGACCGCGUUCUUCCCGCAACGCAUGCAUUUUCUGAAACAUCUCAAUUUGGCUUACAAUCGCAUUGGCACCAUAUACCGGGAGACCUUCUACAAUCUGCUCAGCUUGAAUACGCUACUACUGAGUCACAAUAACAUUAGUGAUAUUGAUUACGAGACAUUUUUGGCAUUGCCCAAUCUACAAUAUUUGGAUCUGUCGCACAAUCAGUUACACGGUGAAGCAAUACGCGCGCUCCAGGGCAUACCAGAUUUGGUGCGUCUCUCGAUCGCUUACAAUCCCGAGGUUGGCGCGUCUAUGCAGGAAUUUGUCGCCUCAUGGAGUUUAAAGGAACUGGAUGCUAGCGGCACGGGUUUGUGCCAGAUACCGGCGGCGUUGGCUCAGUCGGUGAGAACGCUUAAAUUGACCGACAAUUGGCUGAAGAUUAUCAAUUGCGGCGACUUGGAUAGCUAUCCGUUGCUGCAGUAUCUCGACCUCUCGCACAGCCGCAUCGAAGAUAUCGAAGACGAUGCACUUGGCCGCUUGGAGAUACUCGAAACACUCUUUCUCGACCACAAUCGCUUGCGCAAAGUGCCCGUCAGCCUACCCACCUCGCUGGAGCAUCUCUUUCUGCAGCACAACGAAAUCAUGGAUUUGCAAGCGCUCAUCUUCCAAGGACUCAAUAAUCUGCAAACGCUUGAUCUCUCGGGCAAUAAACUGCUCUAUUUGCCAGCGCUGCCGUUGCCCAAAUUGCUGACACUCAAUUUGCGCGCGGCCGGUUUGCGGGGCGUCAGUCAGGCCAUGGUGCACACGUUGCCGCGUUUGCGUGACCUGCUGCUCGAUGAGAAUCCAAUUAAGUGCAGCGAUUUGUUGAGCAUUGCCGAGUGGGCAAGUCCGUGUAGGAUUGUGGAGCGCAGCAGUGCUGCUGACGGUAGCAACAGUACGGAAUUGGAGAGUUUUAAUAUUGAACGCAAUAGUAUUAUGGGCGAUUUGGGAGAGGAGCCACAACAGCAACAACUGGUCGGUGAUAAUCGCAUUGGCAGCGUUGAACAAGUAAUUGCCUCGGCUGCAAGUGCAGCUAAAUUAGGUCAGCACAAAGUGGAUGAGUCUGCAGUGGCAGCGGUGAGUGAGGAGGUGGCUGAUGCAGCGGACGCAGCCACAAAUAACGAAUUGAAGCCGAACUUUGUGCGGAUGCACAAUUUUUUCGAAAAGUUUAAGAGUAAUUGUGAUGCAAGAAGACAAACGGCCGCAUCCGCGCCACAGCCGCCACCCACACCCGCUUGUGCCGUUGAAUGGGAGGGUAGCGGUGAGCAUGAGGAACUAGUAACAGCAGACCACAGCCGGGUGAGCAGCGAGCCCACAUUCAAUUUGCAAAACGAAAAAUUAAAUGUGAAAGCAACUACAACAACAACAAGCAUGCCAACACAGGGUACGCUUGUUGGAAAGUUGAGCAGCAGCGUUGAGGCGAAGCCGAAAGUGAGUCCGCCGCGACAGAAGAAGUCUAAGAAGGAGGUGAAGAAUGUUAAAGCUGAAAUGAAACUUUUCAAGUUUAAUCAAAAGAAUUUUCCGUCUGAAAUGGCAGAAAGUUCAGAGGCAACAGCAACAAAACAUAUGAAAGCAACAACAACGCUGCCAACUAACGGCAUGGAAGUAACAUUGGAUUAUAAGACACAAGUCACUAAAACUACAGCAACAACAACAACAACAACAGCGAGAUUUCCAAUAACAACCCCAACAACAACAACAACAAACAGAUUCCCAACAAAAACUACAACAACAAAUGAAAACAUAAAGAGUACGUCAGCAGAGCGCAAAAGCGUUGCUACCACAGCUACAACAAUAGUGCCUGAGGCGCAAAACCAAGUAAAAACUGUAACAACAACAAUACCGGCAGUGGCAAAAACUUUACGGCAACUUGCAACAACAACUGUUGCAACAGGAAGUGGUGUGGCAAACAUUGGCAAUUUAUUGGGGCAACAAAUUAGUGCAACAAUAGUGACUGCGACGCCGGUAAAUAGCAGCACAGCAACAACUGUGGUGGUAAAACCUUUCACAACAACAACAGCACCUAAAAUGCUUGAGGCCCAAAAUGACGCAGCUGAAACUAAGCUAGAUGCAGCGUUGCAAGGGCAAGAUAAUGGCGCAACGCUGGCAACACAAACAAGUACAACAACAACAACAAAUUCCGCAAAUGCUAAACUGACAGCGACGUCAUCAUUAAAUAAUACCAAAGAGAUUUCCGUUAACCAAAAACAGCAGCGAGUAGAUAAUGCAGCUACAACAGCUGAAACUACAACAAACGCUGAUGUUGCAACUUCUUUGGAAAUGGCAAAAACUGCGAGCACAGCAAGAAUAGCACAACAGCUGUCGGAGCGCAUUUUAGCAACGCAAACAACUGACAACAACAAGCAGUACAUGACAACAGCGCCAACAACAACAAAAACUUUACAAGCAACUCGAAACACUAAAGUUGUACCAACAGCAGCACGUUACUUGCAAAUGAAACGCGCACAAGCAAUGCCAAGCGCACGUACAACGCAAGCAACAUUACGUGUUGCAGCAACAAAGUUCAGAAACACCGACGAGGCAACAUUUGAAUCAACGAGGGUUGGCGCGGCGCUACAAAUAGGUCAGAGUGACGUUGCAAAAAGUGAAUUGACAACACAAAAGGCAGCAGUGUCAGUGGAAAAAGCAACAACACAACAGCCAGAGGCAACAAUAGAGUCAAAGUCACUGGCCAAACAGAAAGUAGAUAACAAUUUAACUCGAAAUGACAGCGACAAUGAUAGUCAUAAAGUGCAGGCAAACAAACAAGAAGCGGCAGAGGAGAAGGACAAGCAACAAAGCAUGAUAGUGGCAGCAGCAACAACAGUAAAAGCCAUAAACGAAUUGGCAAAGCCAAAGACAACACAAUUUUGGCAGCAACAUAAUUUUAAACGAGCAAAUCCGUAUCCAAACGACAUUUCCGGUCAACGGCAGCAGUUGGCGGAGGAGGAGGAGCAGCAGCAGCUGACAGCUGAAAGCACAACAGAGCACAUAGAAAAUGUGGACACCACAACAACAACAACCAGCAGCACACAUGCGCCAACACACCGACAUGAACCGCUACAACUGCACAUACGAGAUCGACAUUUAAUUGGAACACCGCUGCUCAUGCAUCGCGGCCAAAAUAUGCUGGUGGAGGCGGCAGAGGUGCUUAAGCAAACGACUGUGGCGGUGACGGUGAAGACAACAACACCAACACUACAGCUCAACAAAGCAAGCACUUUGAAGAUAACAAAUGAGGAAGCUUUGGCCAAAAGCCAGCCAACGGAAGCCGAACAUCAAGAGUACAGUCACCCCAGCGUGGAGCAGGCAGCGGCAAACGAGCAGCAGGAGAGCGUGGAGAAGGCACAUCAGCAGUCAAAUAACUUCACUCAUUCAGUGAGCUCACAAGCGGAAGCAAUAAACGUGCAGACAAAUGUGACGCCAGGGCAUAGAAUUGGCAGCGCGGAGCAAGAGGGCACGCGGCAGCAACAGCAGCACUAUGAUAGUCAUGCAGAUAAGCAAAUGUUGGCAGGAACAGCAGUGGAUACAACCAAAGCAACAACAGCAAAAUGGUUAGAGACCACUGCAACCACAACAGACAACAUAAACAGCGGCGAGCAUAAACUAAAAGCCAGUGGCGCGAGCAAUGGCAAGCGGCAUGAGUUAGAGCGCAAAGUGUUGCCAAAGAAACACGAUGAUAUUGGCGGCGGCGGUGGUGGUGGCAGUGGCAGACGCAAACCCACUUUGAUCAUGAAGAAAAUGACCAUACAGACGCAGCACACUAAGCACACACAGACACCACAUCAGCAGACGCACUACAUGCUCAAUACGCCGCGCGAAAAUGAAGCAGCGUUGCGCGAACGCGGUGAUGCGGCCGGCGCGUCAGGUGUACCACACGCGCUAGCGGGCAAACUUUUGAAAGCGCAUAACGAAGCAGCAGAUAAUGGCAUUACACACGACUGGUUUGAGCGCGAUGGUGAGCUAGCGGAACUUGCGGCUAUGCAUAACCUAGCGCAACAUAAGCAUAGCACAGUUAACACGCCCAUUAUUAGAGAUAACCACGCGCGCUUGUUAGCCGCCAUGGAUGAGUUUGCCACGCUGCAAAGUUUGGAUGCGCCCACAGCACAGCAUUCGAUUAGCAGCCAGCGGCGCGACCACGAGCCACUGCAAGUGCAAGAGCGCGCCGCUUUGCAUUCACAAACGCAGCAGUGGUUGGAUGUGCGGAAGGUCGGCGGCAGCACAACGCAUCCAGGAAUUGUACUUUUGCUCUCCUUUUCACUACUCGCUGUGCUAUUGGUUGGACUGAUGCAUGUCUAUCGCUGUGAUGUGCUGCCAUGGCGGCGUCAUCUGUUGUCACAUCAACAGCGACCACAUUUGCAACGGCAAUUCAACGCAGGCGCCGAUGAUGACGCGCACAGCUUCUUGCAUUAUCACAACAAUGGUGAGGGUCAACAGCAGCCGCGCGCACAGCCACCGCCACGCUGGCAUCAUGGUGAGCGCACACGCGCCAACUACAGUUCACCGCUGCACAAUCUGCAUGUGCGCGAACUGCAAAAGACAUCCGCCGUGGAGGUGGAGGCGGCAACACGCAUCACGCGCAGUUACUAUGAUGUACGGCCAUUUGAAAAGACCACAGCGCCCGCUCGCCGUCACGGCAGUACCGGCAGCAAUGCGAGCGGUGCCAGUGGUGGGGCCUCACGCAACAGUAGCACCAGCCUGAGUAGCACACGCUCAUCCUCCACAGCGGGCAUGUUGGACGCUGACGAUGCUUUCUAUGUGGAAAUGACAGCUGAAUGUGGUCAGCUCGGUGGUUGUGUUAGCGCGAAUGAAGCGCUGCAGUGUGACAUGUUGCCAAUGGAGUUGUUGACAGUCACGUCGUCGGCGAGCAAGCGCAAUGAUGAAUGUGAUGCGGACACCGCUCUGUAUGAAGCUGUGAGUCAGGCAAAUGUAGAUGUUGAGGCCAAUACAGUGAUAGGCGCUCAAGGCAGUAAGCAAGUAAAGAAGGCGCAACAGAAAUGUGCUGGCAACAGCGCGCAGUUAAACAAUGACAGCCGAAGAAAAUCGGGUGCCAAAACAGUAACAGCGUCGUCAUCAACACGUAAAUUCGAUCUGUGGUGACAGGCGAUGUUUCAGCGACAAUAUGCGCCAUUCCAAUAAAUGUCAGCGACAAGGCGCGCGAGAGCGAGAAAUUGAGAGCGAGCGGGAGAGAGAGAGCGCGGGAUCCUGUGAAUGGUAGAAAAGGCCUAAAAGCGAACCAGCAAAUAAUAAGUGGUAAGCCAGUCAGUAAGUGUCAAAUAACAGCUGACAACUGAAAAUGUAUCGAAAUAAUUGGUGAAAAAUGGAACUUAAAGGCGUUACAUAAAAGCAGUUAUAAUGUAAGUUCGUAAUUUAGACAAAGUGUUAGUGAUAGCAUGUUGUAUAGUAAUUAGUAUAGGAAACAAUUUAGGAUAUGACAGUUUAAAAGUUAGUGUGUUAAUAAAACUCUGAAGAAUGUCUGUAGAAAUAAAUACAAAAAUAUUAAUCAAACCUUGAAAAUAAGAAAUAAAAAUAGACGCAACUAAACUUCCAAUUGCAACAAAUUAGUUCACAAAAAAUCAUGAACACAGUAUAUAAAAAUAAUCUAGAUAAAAUUUUUGAAAAUAAGUGACUUAUAAAUUCAAAUCAGAAAAAGUUUGCUGGCGCUUGAUUUUUGAGACUUAAUUUUAAGUAAUUUUAAUAAUUUUCUACAACAAUAUUUUCAUUAAAAACAUAUACAAUUAUAAAAAGAUGUGUCCGAAGAACGACAGGUCUCUCAGCAAAACAACUAAAAAAAAUUAGUGCUGCUUCGUGAAUACCGUUAUUUUUAAGUUCUUAAGCGAAAAACAUACUUUUUUUUAUCAAAAUCAACACAAAACUUCCACUAAUCAAUCGUGGCUGGCUUGUUGGAAUAGACCAUAGACUUGACGUGGCCCCACAGGACCACGUGGACCAAUUGUCUGGGCCAUUUUGUGAGAUAACACUUUCACCAAAUUUGGUUUUCAAUAAAUCGAUUGUGAUACUCGCUGUGUAGCUUGUGGCACCCUCCCGUUGUCCCUUGUCCAUUUCAUCCAAUUCUGGCCAAAAAUAUAUGACGAAGCCAUUCAGUCAGAAAUGAGCCUCAUCACUACUUAGAUUGUAGCGCUCGUUAAGUCGAGGCCACUGACUCCGAAUUUCGGUAGUACAUUUUAAUAAUUUCGACUCGAAGUUGGGUCGAAUAUCUUUACUUGAUGAACUGACAAACCUUUUUUAAGAGAAAUGAGCGAGCAAAAAUAUGGUGUCGUUUGUUGUUCCUAUCGGCCUAUUUUUGUAGCUCCGAAGCUCCCAAUCAAUCUUGAGACUUAUUCUUUAUCCACCGCCUUCGCUAAGAACCUACAACAGUAGUACUAGUUGUCUUGAACCCCCAAAUGAUCUUUCUGUAACAACUCAAUACGGUUAGUUCGUUAAUAUCGUUAUAAUAAAAAUACACCUUUCUGGAAAAUCUUUGUACAAUUCUCGUUAAGUCGAAUUGCUUUAAAAGAAAGUGAGUUUCAUGGCCCAAAGAAUUUUACUAAAGGCAACCUCUAUCCCAUGCAAGCUGUGAACACCUAAGCCUAGACCAAAAGAGUAAUUCAGCCACUUAGUUAUUUCUCCAAAAAGUAAUAAAACUAUUUCAAACAAUCACUGAUUAAUGAAGCUUCAACAUAACCUAUAAAGUGAGGAGCACACUUCAGACGGUUCUUAGAAAGAAGCAUACAACCAAAAGUAAUAGAAAACACAAAUCUGCCAUGAAACGACCAUCAGAAAGGCUAAUCAAAUAAAUCAAAGCCACGGCUAUUCCACGAAACGACCAAACACCAAGGCAUACACAUAUGCGAGUGCGACAAAAUAGUUUACUGCACAUAAACAAAAUCACAAAGUGAUGAGAGAGAACGCGUGAAAAAAACACAACUGGAAUGAGUCUACAUUGUUAGCCUGAAAAAAAGUUGCACUUGAAAGCACUGCACCAUACUGGCCACCCUAAACACCUACAAAUCGGUGGACCAUCAUAUGAAAGAGUCAACAAACGUUUGGCACAUAAAAUUGUCUCCGAAGAGCGCUGCUGAGUUGGUCAACUGAUUUAUAGUUUUUGUAUGCGUUUCACGUACAGCAACAAUUUGUCAUAAAGUUUCAUAUUUUCUACGUCUCUUUCUGGCUGACCUACUUGUUUUUUGUUUUUGUUUUUGUUGGUGUUGCACUUUUUACUUGUUUUAUCACAGACUUUCUCUAUUAGAAUCUUCUAGCUGCCAUGAGCUAUAUAAAUUUCUUUGCACAUCAAUAAGUGCUUUAUGUGUGUGUGGGUGAGUGUGGGUGUGUUCCGCUUCAGAAUUUAUGGUUUGUUCUUAUGACUUUAUGUGAUUCCCGGCGUAUUAUUGUAGUGGCGGAUUUGCCAUUUAUGGGUCAUUUUGGUGAGCUUAGUCUUAAGCGUUUCACUCGCUGUUUAAAUCAUUUGGUAUAUUAUGAUAGGAUUUUUGUAGAUUGUGUGGUAAGAAGAAGUUUUUUGAGUGUGGUGUAACGUAAUGACAAUUGUUUUAUAAGUAUCACAGGAUAGUGAUUUUUUUUAAAUAGCUGUAGUCUUCGAUGAAAGAAAUAUUAUUUCCACCUUGACUCAUAAUCUUUAAAAGUUUUUAAAAAAUCGAUUCACGCGUGCCACAUAGGGAUUAAGGCUCUUGACAAAUAUACAUGGUGGGCAUUGGACGCAUUGUUUUGAUGGAAGGCGAUUUCUGGUUAAAAUCACGGUACAAUUUCGUGGUUUCGUGGUUAAUGACAUCGAACUCUGUACAGCUCCAUUAAUAUCAGCAUUAUCAUACAUUUACUGGACUUCGAUUCAAAUCAGAGAUCACAGCAUAGCUCAAUAGGCGCGUAGAGCCAAUAUAUGCCCUGUAGCUCAAGUCAAUCAUCAUAUGAAUACCUAUAUGGCUAUAAAUACUCUUCAUGAGUAUUGCUGCUGUUUAGCCUCCAAUGAGAUAUCUGGUGCUUUCCAGUAAACCCAACUAAACACUUCUCCACACGAUGGGAUUUGCAAAGUUUUUGAAUUUAUUUUCUGCUUUAUUGACCUGACCCUGCAGAAAAAAGGGUGCCAUAUUAUUUAAGGAGUCCCUAAGUUCAUUAUCGAUAGUGUUCAUCUAUUUCACCAUCAGACUCGUUUGGAUGCCAGGAAUCGCUGAGACUGCAGAGCUGAUGAGCUCGCAAUAUAGAGUACCCGUGUUCCUCUUACACCAGGUUGGUAACGAACCGGGGCUUCGUUGUCCUCUUGAGUUCUAGUACUAAAUCAAUUGACCUCUCGGUAAACGUUGGUUAUCAACCAGUACCUGCUCGAUCGAGAGAUCCUUUUGGAUCCCUGAGCGGAACGCAAGAGGUCGGCUGAACUAUUUGCUCAACAUAUAUGCGAUGAGGUUAGGAAUAUUGUCCCAACUACUAUAACUAUAUGGAGGAGGACGAGGUGGAAGUAUCAAGUGGAAAUUAUUUCAUCAUUCACUGUCUACCGUCACAAGACUGAGAUUGAAAUAUCUCGGUAUCUAUACCUUGCCGAACCAAGCGAACUAGAAGGAAUGGACUUUAGCCGCCUCAUAAAAUUUGUUAAAGGGUCAACGUACUUCGGCAAUAUACAUAAGGGUCACCUUCGCCAUCCAUACUUAGGAAUCACAAUGGACCGGCUCCUUCAGCUAUCUAAGUGGGAUCAUUCGUGGGGCUAAGAAACUAACCUAUUUACCUAAGUAAUUUUAACAAUUUGAGCACUAUUUCCCGCUUUUCAUGAGCCUUUUCUUCCUGUUUCGCUAUCGUGUCUUUUUAUUUCUGCAACAAUAUACUUCUGGACUUGUUAAAAGUAACUUAGAUCUUCAGAGGGUUGGUCGGGCUCACUGAGAGCAAGCGAGAGAGCGACAUAUUAUAUGUGUUUAACUUCUUCCUAAGCUUCAGUACCAAUUUAACACACUUCCAAAGAUAAUUACAACCAUCGUUACACAUUAAACUAGUACUUAACUCCUUCGGCAGUCAAUAGACGCAUGUUCGCAUUUUAUUAAGCCCACAAGCAACAAUAGCAAAAACAACAAAAGUCAAAGGCAAUAAAUUAAAUUGCAUUUACUGCAAUAUCAAAUGCCUUUCUAGCACAUUAUUACUUGUUCAACAAUUAUCAAACCAUUUUAGCACUUAGUGUCUAAGAGCGAAUGCCAAGUAAGCUGUAAGAAAUGGACACAACCAAGUAUAUAGUGAUAUGUGUGAGCUUAGAAGCAAAUAUAUUUUUAAUAGCAUUGCUGGACAAGAGAACUAAGGCGCAAAAAAUACUAUCAAGAGGAGAAACACAUAAGAGCAAAAGAAAGGAGCAAUGAAACACAAGAAGAAUUCACACAAACAUCGAAAGAAAAGCCCCAGCGGUGUGAAAGAAUUCUUACGUAUGUUGGGAAGAAAGGCGAGUAGCAAUUACAAUUACAUUAGUGCGACUGAUAAAAAGUUUAACCAGCAACCACUCGACAAUGAUAAGGCGCACGAAGUAAUGGCAGCAGGGAGAGGGAAGAGCGCAACCACCACGUAGACGCAGCGGUUUGUAGGCGAACUAAUAAAUUCUUAACUCAACUGCGGCUAAGUAAGGAAUUUCCUGCCGUUAACUUUAUUUGCUCCGAUUACACAGGCUUGCUUGUGGCUUUGUAAUAAAAAUUCACCCCGAAACGCAGCUAUCGAGCAAUUUAGAUUUAGCAACAACUACAACAAGCACCAACAAGGUAGUUGGUGGGCUAAAGACACAAGCGAGCAGCCGGAGCAGCAAUUGAAAGGAAAUACGAGCGCGUUGGAGCAUUGUAUCCCUAAUUUUCGUAAAACCUUUUCUUUAAGCACGAACACACCCACACAGACAUACAAAUAGAUACUGUAAAAGCUUCACUUGCGCUGUGUGUGUGGGUGUAAAUGUGUGCUUAAGACUGACAAUAAUACUUUUGCUUGCUGCUGGAAAUCUCACUUACAAAGAAUUAAAGCAACAACAGCAAAAAACCCAUGGAGUAAAAGAAGAAGAAAGUAUAGUCGACUUGCAGGCGCCUACACCAAGCAACAAGAUAACAACAGCAACAACACAGCAGUCAAGUCAGCACCAUUAAUAGCUGCUCGCGCCGACAAAUACAAAUCUUAAUUAAGCAGUCUCAGUUGCAGCUUGCAAACUUUGCGCCGAGCAGCAAGCGCAUGCCAGGCCUGACCGUCCGUCCGCCUGUCCAUCCAACUGUCCGUCAGUUUAUGUAUUUAUUUUCUGACUUUGCGUUAACUUUGCUCUUGCCAUUUCACGGCGCCCCUCGUCUGCAACAACUUGUGAGUGAAAAGAGUUUUCGCUGAGCUUUCAAGUUGCCACACAAAAGGCGCUAAGCCCUGCUCAACUUGAUGGCCAGCCUCACCCUACACAAUGCCACAGCACACAAGUUGUUGUAGACGAGUGUAGUGCUCGGCGUUGAGUGGUUUGUUGUGUGGCUUGGCAUUGUGCUGUUGUCAAAUUUAAUGAGGGUUUACGCAGUCAAAUCUUCAUAUGAAGUCUAGAAAAAAUACAGCAAUUGGGCAGCGCUAUAACUAAAUGAAAUGUGUUUGAUGGUAUUUCGGUUGCAAUUAACAAUUAUAUUUUUCAAGAAAUUAAGCAUUUCUAAUAUACCACAUGUGGCUUAAGGUGUGAGAAGAUUCACAUGGGGUUGCCAUUUUGUUCUAAAAUUUCUUAUAAAUGUGUGGAAGAUUAUUUGGGUCUGUUGUUAUUUUUCGCUCUCCCAGCAGAUAAUUUACUUUAUACUUUGAAAUAUAACACGGGGAGUUAGUUGUUCAGCUUACAGGAAAAACAUAGAAUGGAAAGAGACAGUUUUCAUAACAGUGAGAUAAAAAUAAAAACUGAAAUCAAGGAAUAAAAUACGCCAAGAGCAAAAAAGGCAUAGAAAACAUAGAACAUAGAAAAACAUAGAAAACAUAGAAUGUGUUAAAAACUAAUAUUAUUGUUAGAACAUGAUUUUGUUACUAUUUAACAUCUCUUUUGGAUCAAAAACAAUAGUCGAUGUUUUCGACAAUACAUCAUACAACCCAAAUUGACUCGAAACUCGUAGGUCCAUUCAUCCACUGUCCCAGCCACUUCAUAGAAAACAUAAAAUUUGCAUAAACACGAGAGAUUGCAGAACAUAGAAAAACAUAGAAUUUUUUUUAAGUGGAAAAUCAUAGAAAAUAAUAAUUUUGUUGCAAGAAAAGUAGUCGCACCAAAUUUUUAAUCUGAGAGAUGGCAAAUCAUUAACAAGAAUAGAAUUUAUGUUUUGAUUGAAUCAGACUAUUAGAAUGCUUUCAUUAGAUUAAUAGACCUAUUUGUUCUACUUAAUUUCAAUAUUACGGCACCUACUAACGAAAUUAGAAAUAAUUUUUCGUCUUCCUAAAGCCAUUCAAUAAGCUAUUUCCAAGCAUUUAUAAAAGGAAAAAUAACAUUAAAUUUUAGUAUUGUAUUCGUAGUAAUUAUUUCAAUUUUGAAGAACUUUCUAAUUACAUACUUGGCAACCCCAGUGACAUAUUUACAUACAAACAACACAUAGACAGCGAUUAAAAUGCCUGCCAACAACGCUUAGGCACAUUGACUUUGGCCACCUUACACACGCAUAACAUUUUAUCUUGCCGCUAUUAACUUCGCCUUACUCACCAUGCAUACUUUAAGGCGUUAAAGAGCGCACAUAAACACAAGUACCCAGCAGUUACGCGGCUACUUGGGGUCAACAACGUCAGUCAAAGGUCGCAAUAAACGUGUGUAUGGCAGUAAUUAUUUUUGUAGCUAAAUUGCGUACGAGUCGAUAGGACACACAGACAUAUGUAUGUAUAUA